AUGUUUGAUCUAUCAGACUUUGCAAAGCUAACCAAUUCAGACUCUGAAGAUGAAUCUGAUAAAUUAACGAAUGAGCAACAAUACGAAGAAAAACAAAUAAAUGUACAUGAUGAAAUUUUGACGAUUAGAGAAUUUCACUUUAGUACAACGAACGCUGGUUAUGUAUGGCCAUCUACUUUCUUUAUCAUCGAUUAUAUUCUAAAACAUAGCGAGCUAUUCAAAGAUAAGCGUAUCAUUGAAUUGGGUUCUGGUACUGGUAUACUUUCAUUAUUCUUAAAGAAAAAAGGGUUUAAUGUAACAUCAAGUGAUAUAGAUGAGAAAGAUGUAACAGAGAACAAUCAAUACAAUCAGAAUUUAAAUAAUGUUAAUUAUGAUCAUAUACCUCAUACAUGGGGAGAGAAGUUUCCUGAAGAUUUAAAUAAUUUCGAUAUAGUUAUAGCAAGUGAUAUUAUUUUAUAUGUUGCAUAUUUUGAAAAGCUAAUGAUUACACUCAGACAAUUGAUGGAUAACAAACCUGGUGCAUUUAUGUUGAUGUCUUACAAGAGAAAACUUUACAAUUCAAAGAGAUUCUUUGUACUGCUGACUGAAAAUGAUUUUGAAUAUGAAAUGGUCGAAUCAAAGACUUGGAUCAUAAGGAAAUCACAACCAAACACAACAAAACGAUCAAAAGAAUCAAUAGAUAAUAUUGUUUUAUAA